UAUGGCAGAAGGCAAUCUCAUAGGUAAUCUGGUCCCAGACCACGUGGGGCUGUAAAGGUAAUGACCAACACUUUGUACCUAUUCUGGAAAUGGUAAAGUGAUACAGAUGUAAUCCAGUUACUCCUAGAUAUGCCAGUAACCAGUCUAGCUGCCAGGUUUUGAACUGGUAUAGAAAUAGCCUAAUGUAUAAUACUUUGCAGAAUUCCAGCCUUGAAGUCACUAACACAUGCACUGCCAUCUUUAGGUCCUCUAGCUCUAGGAAAAGACAUCAUAUAACAGCUGAAGCUGAUACCAAACAUUCCUGGCCAUCAUAUCUUUUUGUGCUGUCAUACGGAGCCCCAAAAGAAGCCCCAAACUGCAAACCUUUGGGGAAAUGAAAUACAGUUCAAGAUGGGUUGACACACAGCCAAACACAAGUGAAGAACUUUGAAGAUUUCUUAAUUCAAAGUCAAGAAAUGAGUCCAUUGGAAAAUAAUUAUGUCCUCUUGUCUCCAAAAAAACACACAGGAUCUCUUAGACAGUGGAAGAGAUGUUAUCAUGCAGAUGCAAUCUGCCCUAUCUGCCUCCAGACUCCUACCUUCCCAGUAGAAACCAAUUGUGGGCAUUUAUUUUGUGGUUCCUGUCUGAUUGAAUACUGGAAACAUGGUUCUUGGCUAGGAGCAAUCAGCUGUCCACUCUGCAGACAGAAAGUUAUUCUUCUGUACAAUAUCUCUGGUGAAAAUCAGCCUGACAAGCAAACCAAACAAACAGUGUAUGAUAUUAGAGAUUACAACAAACGCUUCUCAGGACUGCCUCGGCCUUUUACAGAUUAUCUUUAUGACAUGCCACUACUUCUCAAUUUUGCCCUAAGAGGAAUCUUCACGCUGGGUGGCCUUGUGUGGCUCUUCUUCCUCAGAGUUGUCCUCUGCUCUUUUGGAACCAUCCUGUGCUUAACUUCUCCAUUUGACGUGAUGCCAGAACCUCUUUGUGGAAUUCUGGGUGCAGUUGAUGAUCUAGUUGUUGUAUUUCUUCUUUUAAUUUGUAUGAUAAACAUUUCCUCACAAAUGGAAUCAGAAGGAGCAAACAUGGCAGGCUCUACUACACAGAAUGUUUUGUUGGAAGCAUAAUGGACUAAAUGGUUCUUCUUAACAGAAAGACUCACCAGACCACAACAAUCUCUCCUAAUGUCUGGAAA